AUGAAUAACAUCAUACAAGCCCAGCUCGACAGGGUAGAAACGGCUUUGAAUACUCUCAUAGAAUCAAUCGCCUCCUACAACCCCUCCAUCCCCGCAGCAAACGCUCUCCUAGCUGCAGACGACGAUCUAAACGAAGGUCUCCAACAAUUAUCAACCCACCAACAUAAUCACGCCCGCAUUCAGUCCCUUCGAUUAACAAUUGACCAGCAAAAUGCAUCCAUAACCGACACCCUCACGGCCCUCGCCUCUACGCGCGCAGACCUGCUCUCUAUUCCAUCAUCCCUGCCACAAAAAGAUGCACGCAAUGUCCCCUACAACGAGCUUCUCGACUAUGCGAAGCGUAUAAGUCGCUACACGGUUCCCCCUGCAUUCCGGCAUGCUUUACCACCUGCACAACCAGCUAUCCCCGCUGCUGUCAAUGGCGAUACCGUGGCGGUAGAGGAAGGAGCGGAAGAUAGCAAAGAAGAGAAGGAAGGCAUGGGAACCGCAUCGUUAGAAGACAUAGAGCGCAAAUGGCUGGAUCCUCUCACCCAGAUUCCCUUCGUGCCAUGGGUGAGCGACGAGACCAUCAAAAGAGGCGCGUUGGCUGAGAUACAAAGCAUGGUUGAGAGGGGGGACGAUCCGGAGAAUAUGGGAGCUGGAGGUUCGAAGGAGGAGAAGGGACAGACGAUGGAGAUAGGGGAAAGUGAGGAUGCGGCGGGCAAGGAGGGCGAUAUCAGCGCGGAUGGAGGAAUGGGGAUGCAGAGAAGGGAGGAGAAGCCAAAGGUGUUCGGGGGGUUGGACCUUUAUGAUCCCGACUCGCCUGAUGUAGACGAUGAUUGA